ACAUUGAAAGUGACGUCAGAGAAUAAUGUAUCAGGAGAGGUGUAGUGAUGCAGGAAGGAGAGUAUUGUCUACCAGUCAAGCUAGGAAGUAGCGUGUAAGACACUUCCCUGGACGCUCGUUCUCACCUAAUUGUGGUUGUAGGGGUCGAUACUCAGCUCCUGGCCCCGCCUCUUCACCGAGUGCUACUAGGUCCUCUCUCUCUCUCUCCCUGCUCCAUGAGCUUUUACAUACUUCAUCUUGAAGCUAUGUAUGAUUUCUACCUCGCUUGCUAGACUACUCCACUUCCUGACUACUCUAUGACUGAAGAAAUACUCCCUAACAUCGUGUGUGUGACCUAAUUAAUGUUUGCACAAAUAACUCAUUACGAUUGUGACCAGAUAUAGACAUGUAACUGUUCAGCUAUCAAAACUUUGUGGCCCAGUUCCUGGACCCAUUAUGUACCUCUGUAAUCUUAUGACUACCUCCUACAGGAUGGGUAUGGGGUGCAUAUCUGGAGAAAAUUCCGGGGAUCAACGCCCCCGCUGCCAGGUCUGUGACCAGGCCUCAUAGUGGAUCAGGGCCUGAUCAACCAGGCUGUUACUGUUGGCCGCACGCAACCCGACGUACGAAACCACAGCCCGGCUGGUCAGGCACUGACUUUACGUGCCUGCCCAGUUCCUGCUUGAAGACAGCCAGGGGGUCUAUUGGUAAUCCCUCUCGUGUAUGCUGGGAGGCAGUUGAAGAGUCUUGGGCCCCUGACAUAAUAAAGAUGAUAAAUUAAAACUGGACGCUCGUCUAUAUAGUGAGAGAUGUAUGUUUAUUCGUAUAUAUGAGCUCAGAGUUCACGUAUCAUUUAUUUUUGUUUGAAGUAUCCCCGACUAACAAAAUCCAACCCCAAAAACGGUGUAGGCCUCUUAAUUGUCGAAGAACCUACAUCAGGUGAAUGUGGUUUAAUGUAGAGAUAAAUGUUGCGCUUUGGUAUAUUUAGAACGGACCUAAACGUCGUCUAAAUUCAUAUCUAAGUUGUGGGUUGUGAAUUGUUCCAGCCAUUUUAUUUAACUAUUCAAUUUUCUUAUACUCCUUUAUAUCUUAAACUAAUUUAGUUUGUCUAAUUCAGAGCGAAAUGGCCCCUUCAAGUCCAGGAACACACCCUCCAGGUAUGCCUGUACAUCCACUAUGCCUAGUUGUACCGUUGUGGCAUAGAUCACAUCCAAGGAAUGUGAUCUAUGCCACCUGGGAGUGAACUUAUCCUCCCAGGUGGUCCAUGACCCCCACGGGUUGAGCGCUCCACCAUUAGUAGUACUGAUAGUGAUGCCAUCUAGUGGUGGUGUAGUAGUGGCAUCUAGUGAUGGUAGUGGAGUUAGUCAGGUUAUCAGUAAUAGUGUUAUAGUGAAGGUUAGGACAGUGACCAACCUCAAGGUUACUAAAGGUCAGUUGAACUUCAGUGGUCGUACAGAAGAGAUAUGUUGCUUCUCCUCCUGCCAUCCCCGCCGGCUUUACCGCUUCAUCAUCCUUUUAAUACACCUAAAUAACAAACAUACUUUGAUGUAAAUCCAUAUGUUGCUUACUAGUAAAGAGGGCAGUAAGGAUGCGUCAGGCAGCACCCCUGCUCAUCCUGCAAGCAGUUACAGUAACAUGGAUGUUCCUAAACAUCACUCAUACUGCCGCAGUGCCACGAGGGAGCUUGAGGGGUGCCACCGCCUUCGUCAGGGACUUCGUUGACUACCACAACUUCAAACUGAUCAAUAUAUACACUACGUUCAAAGAGAGAAACUGGUUGACCAGAUUCUUCUUCCUGGGUGCUGGUGUAAGGGUGGUGAGGGUGAACCACCUCUCCUUUCUAUAUAAUAGGAGUGAUCUGGAACAAAAUAAGCAAUUAUCUGUCGUUAUGGCAACCAGUGAUCACCUCGGCCUAUUCUCCAAGAUGAUGGUACCGAAGAAGAAUGUGUGGUGGCUGGUGUUGGUGGACUACCAAGAAAAGCUGGACAUCCUUCCUCUUCCUCUCAACAACCAGGUGAUACUGGUGGAAGCCUUGGACUCGAGUAAGGUUCGUCUGGGCCUCAACUCUUCCUGGGACCACCAGCGGAUAUCCAGACUCCACCUUCGUGAAGCCUACACCACCGCUCCUCACCUUUCUCACAGAGUCACCACAGUUGGCUACUGGGUAUGUUGCAGGUCCACCCUUACCUAGAUACCUACUUUUGGGUCUUAGGUUUUAGAAUAGGAUGAUUGGUUUCUGAUUUCGUGACUCCAGUUCAAGGCUUUCGGGCAUUUAGGUUGUUGGCUAUGAACAAUGGAUUCCAUGUUUUGGGACUUCAUCAUCCAUUCACGUCAAUAGACAUGGGUUACUAACUUCUUGGACGUGAAAUUACAGGCUCUGGUACAUGAAUUCGAGAACUUGAAUUCUUGGAUUCAUUACGUUCGAGUUUGGAUUAAAGACUUCGGUAUAGAGAAUAACUUUGGAGUUUGGAUUAAUAGCUUUUGGAUUUACAAUAAUUGCUUUGGGACUAAGAAUAAAUAACUGGGAAUUCGACUUGGAUUAAUAGUCUUGUGACUUGAAUUUGUUUACUACUUUCAAAAUUUUAUUAAUUGCUUUUGAACAUAAUCACAAAUUUUGGCUAUAUG